GUUUGAUGAGAUUUAGCCUCACAUACAACAUUUUGGCUUUGUGGUUAAACCUGACUUGUGUAACUAAUUGCCUGAACUAUGUCCAAACUACAAGGCCAGAUUUCGUCUUGAACCAAGAUUGAACAACAUGAGAAGUAAUAUGACAAAUAACAAUUGGCUUAUCAUAAAGUGUAUAAUACCAACUGUGGUUGGCGUGAGUGGUUAAGGACCUCUCGCUCCUUAAUCAAGGUCUCGGGUUUGGGUAUGGGAAAAAUCAUAGUUGGGAGGGAUGUUGUCCUUUGAGGUACCCAUGCAAAUUCUAGCAGGAGAUUAGUCCACUCGCCGAAGGCGGUGGAGAACUUCUCGUAGUAGGACCAAAAAAGAAUCAUAAAGAGGAUAAUGGACGAUAGACUCAAAAAUGACCCGACCUAUAUAUAACCUAAACUGACCUGAGAACCCAAAUCAAAUGACUCGUCAAGUCAUCACUUGAUCAUAUGACCCCAACCAUGUUAUAUGGACCUUUUACUAUGACUUGUUCGCAGAUGAACUGCUUACAUUUUGAUUGUAAGCUAGCACCUCUUAUUUACCUUUUUACUUGUCUGGUUUUCAGUAAACUUCACAACUUAAGUAGCAAUGCCGUGCACCUCACUUAUCAUGACCCUGAUUCGAGUUCGACCCACCUAGCGAACAAGCUGAGCCAGUCAAAGCUCAGGCCAUCGACGAGGCUGGUUCAUCCAAUUAUAACCUGGAAUAGUGUUAUAGUUGAGCAAGUCAGCCCAUCAAAGCUUAUUUCAUAACUUGUCGCAUCCCCCCACCUCCCCUCUUGGGGAAUCCUAUGUCAUAUGGAAUUGCCGACUGACAAAUCCAAAGACAUAAUUUGAUGGAGGUUUACCAGAAAUGGGGCCUUGUGGUUUAUUAAGAUUCAAAAAUCAACCAUUAAGGCUUAAGCUAAUCAUGUUUCCCCCAAUAAUAGGAAACCAAUGAACAUCAUAUCUAAGUGAAAAUUUUAAAUCAUAUUUUUUGACCAAAAGUAAUCAUUCUGAGCUGCUAAAUGUGCAAAAGACCAAUAUGAUUUGUUAUCAGAGGAAGUAGGUGAAGUGCGGUCCAUCAAAGGCAUGCCUAAAGUUGGCUUUCCACUAACCACUAUGUCCCCUUUACCAUAAAAAGGGGAGAGGACACUUAUAUAGUGGCCUGGCAUCCAAGGGAGAUAUGAAGAAAAUAUGGAACACAAAGCCAUCAGAAAACUUGCCUGUUGUUUGAUUCUCGUACUUCUCGGUCUCGCAAUCCACGUUCGUUGUGCUGAAAUGAAGAAGGUCGAUGCAUACUUGCCAUGUAAUGGUUCGAUAGCUGGAUGCCAAGAAGACGAUGAGAUAUUGAUGGGAUCAGAAUCAGCUCGGAGGAUUCUUCAAGAGAGGAAGUACAUCUCAUAUGGUGCUUUGAACAGAGAUCAACCUGCCUGCGGUGGCGCUCGGGGUCAGGCUUACUCCAGUAAUAGUGAAUGUCUCGGUCAUGCAGCCAAUCCGUAUCACCGAGGCUGUUCUAAGUAUUAUCGCUGUAGAUCAGAUACCUAGCACUGCACCUGUUUCGUAUGUGCUACUUGUGCAUGUAUUCAUCAGACAGAAGAAAAAGUGUAAUAUUCUCAUAUAUGGUUUAUCAGUUUGUGCAGUCCA